AUGCCGACCCGCGUUCAGUCCUCUCCCGAAGAGGACGACGAUUCCGUCACGUCUCCCUCGCCGUCUCCUACUCAUCAAGGUCUGGCCGUCAGGCAGCGAUCCGAGGGACGGACCGUCUCCGGAAGCAAGCGAAAGCGCGGCAACACCGCCAACGGAGAGGCAAACCACCGACAGAGAACGGCACCGCCCGACGCGAGCGAUGGCGAGGACUCCGACGACGUCUACGAUCCCGACCAGCCCGUCGAGGAGCGGCGCAGGGUGCAAAAGGAGUACAGGGACAUGCUGCGACAGAUCACGGAGCAUGGCGAAGAAUUCCUAAGCAAAGACUCGAGAGGGUUGCACGACACAAUCCUCCAGGCCGACGCGCUGUCCAAGAAGCUGAAACAGACGACCGAGGCAACCAUCGACUCCCGGCUGCUCGUCACCACCACAGAUCUUUCGUACCGCAAGACGCUGCGCCUGACGCAGGGCAGCCUCUCGCAGGGGCUCGACGUCGACGAGUUUGUUUCCAAGUGCAUUACCUACAUGCGUCGUGGGGGCGGCAUAUCCGACGACAAUGCGCCCGAGCUGUCGAGCACGCAGCGGCACCGCCGGCGACGCGGAGGCUCUGACGAUGACGACGAGGACAUUGGCGACGAAGGCGACAUGAUGAACUGGCCUCAUCUCGGCCGCUUCGCCUGCUUGCCGCAUAUUCGCCGGCCUGCGUUGCCGGGUUUCCUGCUCGGGCCCUUAUCCGUGGAGAAGAAAGCGCGCAAGAUUACCAAGAGGACUGCCCCAUUUCGGGCAAACGACCUGACGGAGACGCGGCCCGAGGUGCUCAACGUGGAUGAUCUCUCAAAGAAGGAGAACGACCUGACGGCCAUCUGCGGAAAGAUUCUGCAGCAACUGCACAAGAUCCAGGCCGAGGCGCAGGAGACGGUCAUGGAACUAUUAGACGAUGACAUGGAAGACGAGGAAAAGACAAGGAUCAUGCACGAGCAUGGCCUGCGAAGCACGGGCGGCAUCGACCUCAUGCGAUUCGUCGUCAACCCAAAGUCCUUUGCGCAGACCGUGGAGAACAUGUUUUACGUCAGCUUCCUCAUCCGCGACGGGAGAGUCGAGAUUGCCUUUGAUGAAUCUGAUCUACCGGCUCUUGCGCCCGUUGAUAGGGAAGCGGAUGAGGAAGGGACCGUGCGUCACAGCGCCGCCAAGCAGCAGGCGGUGCUGUCGAUGGACAUGAAGACGUGGCGCGAAAUCAUAGAAGUGUUCGACCUGAAGGAACCCAUGAUUGAGCACCGGAGAGAAGCAACCCAUGGUGGCCCUGGCGCACGGGGCUGGUACAGCUGA